UAAAAUAAAAUAAAAUAAUUCAACAUCAGCAACAAAAGGCACGCCGGACUCUAUGUCUGUGUGUGAAGCAAGCUCUAAAUUUGCAUAGACGCUGUUAAAGAAAAGCAUUUUCCACUACGCUCACCAUGUCGCUCGAAACAAGAACAACAACAACAACAACGACGGCAACAGCCACGACCACAGCGCUGCCCUUGGCAGAGGAUAACUCGAAGGUGGAGGUGAUAGUCUAUACUAGUGCCAAGUCGGACAAGACACUCAAACAGAAUAUGAAUGCCAGGGAUGAAACAUUACGUAAGCGCACCUCGCUCAUCAUUGUGCCACAACAGGUGGAGCUGGAUGUGGAUGAGGCCACCACCGGGCAUGGCCUUGACAAUCGCAACUCCAUAGCAAGCAUGGACAGCUGCCUGUCCACCAAUACCAGUCAGAGCAACCAGUCGAGCUCCAGCGCCAGCUCCAGCUCGAGCAGCAGCUCUGAGGAUGCCCACGCGGCCUAUCAGGAUCUGCAAAACGGCAACGCAGCCGCUACGGACUUGACCUCCUCCUCAUCGGAGAGCACUUCAUGCUGCAGCUCUGUGGACUAUUCGCUACGCGAGCAACUGCAAAACUUUGCCAAUUGCAGUGGGGAUCAAUUGAAAUGCAUCAAUGAGCUGCCCACAGCGGCGCAGCUGCUCAAGGGCAUGUCUCUGCCCGUGGAGCAGUUGGAGCAACAGCUGUCACAUUGCGAUACGCUGCUCAGUCCGCAGGAGGUUCCCCUGGGUCGGCGCUACGCCGAGGUAGCGCAGUUCAAGUCCCACGGCAAAGCAAGAGCAAGCGAACAGCAACAACAACAACAACAACAACAGUUGCCAGCAGCGGCGUCAGCUGUUGCAGCUGCUGCGGCUGCGUCUGGAACGCCCACAAUUGACAAGUGCGAUGUGCCCGCUGUAAAGAGCAGCAACAACAAUCAUCAGCAUCAUAAUCACAGCAACAACAACAACAACAACAACAGCAGCCUUGCGCCACUAAAAUCUCAGCAACAAACAUCGAACAACAACAAUGGCAACGGCCACGGCAACGGUAACAAGUUGAACGGCCAAUUAAAUCUCAAUACGAGCAAUAAUUGCAACAUGACACCCACCAGUCAUGUGGAUGCAACAAAGAAUCCAGACAGUCGUUGCAGCAGCAGCUACGAGCCGGAUGCUGAUGAUGCAACCGAAUUGUCACAUAACGGCGCCUUUGAGGAUGACAUGCAAGCGCUCUUGCCCAAAUCGACGCGACGCUCCGGGGAUGAGCUCAGUCAGUCACGCACAUCUCUGGUUUCGAGCUCGGAGGGCGGCAUUCUAGCCGAAGGCGAGACAAGCAGCGAGGAGAGCUCACGCGACUCCAGCGACAAUUCGCCGCCCUGUGAUUUGGGAUUGAUGGAACGAUUGCUCUUAACGCAUCCCAUGUGGUUUCUACCCGGCAUCCAGCGAUCCGGUGCCGUGCACUUGCUGCAGGGCAAGGAAGAGGGGACAUUCAUAGUGCGUGGCUCGAGUCAGCCGAACACGAUGGCGGUGUCCGUGCGGCUGCCACAGGACACAGGUCCCUACAUAGAGCACUACCUGAUUCAAUCGCAGGACAACAACAUUCUCAGUCUGGAGAGCUCACGCUUCAAGUUCGGCUCCAUCCCAGCCUUGAUAGCUCACUACGCCCAAUGCUGCGACGAGCUGCCCGUGCAGCUGAUGCUGCCGCGCGUGCUGCGUGAGGCGAACAAUCGCAAGAAGCUGUCCUCGCUGGCGCUGCUGGGGCAGGAGUUCUGGAGCUACGCCAGCAGUCCGGCCGUGCUGGGUCCUCCCGUGGCUGCUCAACAGGCUGCAGUAAAGUCGGCGGAGCUGCAGCAGCUGCUGGAUGCCAAGUCGCCGCUGUCGUUGACCGAUACCAGCGGCCUGGGCACCGCUACGUUCUUUAGCGAGGCGCUGGUGCCGAAACCACCGGCGGGUACUGCGGGCAACGGCCCAGGCACCGGCCCUGGUCCAGUGGCCCAGCAAACACUCUUCAGUCCCACGGGCAGUGGGCAGCUGAUGGGCUUCUUUAGCCAGGCGGGAACGCCCUCGGAUACCAACUCGAGCAUGAGCUCCUUCACCACCAGUGGUGGCCAACACAUGCAGCUCCUGAGUCCCAAUUCAGUGGACUCCGUCAUACUCACCAUGUCACCCGUGGAUGCGCAAGGAUUUCUACCUGGAGGCGCCAGCGCCUUGGACACGCCGCUGCAGCAGCAGCAGCAGCUACCAGUAACCAGCAAUAAUCUGAGCACAUUUAAGCAGAACAACAACACCACCAUAGCGUGCACAAGCGAAUUGGAGCAAGUGCGUCCGCAACGUCCGAAGCCGCCAAACACAUUGAAUCUCAAGCCCCCAGCGCCGCCCAUGCGCUGGUCCAAGCCACACUCGCCUGAUCAGCUGAGCAGCAACUUCACCGUGACCACCACGGUCACCUUCUCCAUGGACAGCAACAAUCCAGCAAGCAACGCCGCUCCCGGUGCAGCUGCCACACCCAACCCUGCACAAUUUGUGGAGGUCACCACGCCCGCCUCCAACAAUCCCUUCAACGCCCUGCUCAAUUCUCAAGCCAGCACCAGCACAUUUCAGACCUUCGCCAAGCGCUUGUCGCCCGAGGGCGAGUGCAAGGACACGCUCUCCUCACAGAGCUCCUCCCAAGGCUCCUGGCCAGCACAGUCGCAGUCGCAGUCCCAAUCGCAGUCCAGUCGCGACUCCAGUCACAGUCAGCGCAAGAUCUUGUCGCCCAUUACCCCAAACGGUGCCGGCGGCGGCGUCGGCGGCAGCAGCAAGUCGCGUAAGUCUCGCAUACGCAAAGAGUCCAAGCACUACCAGGAAUCGGAUAUUUUGGAGAGUCCGCCGGCGCAGUAUUGCGCCAGCGCCUUGAGCGACAAGAUAAGCGACUACGAGGAUGUGUGGACCCAUGAUCCCAGCGAUCGUGCCAGCCUGUUGACCAGCUUCAAGCCAGGCCUGGAUCGUCGACCAGAUUUGUUGGCGGAAACACCAAGCACGCCCACAAAACAACUGCUGUCGCCUUGCGAGGAGCUGAGUCAGCCGCUAGAGAGCAGCCAGCAGCUGAUGCAGUUCUCGGGCGAUGCACAGCCUCGCUCCCGAGCGGGCUUGCUCUUGCCGAACCUAAGGCCCGCUGGUGAGGCUGUGGCCAUGACGCAGUCGCUCACCGAGCCACAAAGCAAUUUGGCUGAUGAUGGGGGCGAUACCACACCCACUGCGGCACAGACACCUGGCUCACGCAGCAAGCAAGGCAGUCCCUUCUAUGCCGAGCCGGCGGAUGCACUGCGUCAGGCUGGCCUGACCAAUGCGGCAGCGGCCAUAUUGCGGCGCCAGCAGCGCAGCCAACUGUUGCCGGCCAACCAGCGGCACUCAGAGCCGCUCAAGGCGGGCCUCACUUCUGCGGUGGCGACGCUGCUGCUGCCCGCUGAGCUGGAGAAGCUGGCGGGCAGUCUGGACGAGCUGAAGCAGAAGCCCAAACCGCCGCCGCCACAGAAGCGUGAACGGAAUCGCAUUGAUCAUUGGCAGCUGGACAGCAGCUGGGAGUUUAUGGCCAAGCAGGAGACGAAUGUUGCUGCUGGCGCGGGCGCCGGCGCCGGCGUCGGCGCUGCAAUGGACUGGCAGGAGAAGGAGAACUCGCUGGGACGUGACAAGGACAACAACCUGAGCGGCAAAAAGCGACCGCUCACCGUGCACCAGAUCAUAGCCAAGCGCCUGCCUGAUCUCAAUCUGCCGGAGCUUGUUCGCUGCUCCACGCCGCUGCAGACAGCACUGGUGCCGCUGCCGGCAGCGCCGCAGGAGCGCAACGGCAACCACGAUGGCAGCCAGAAGUCAUUCCAAAGUCAAAACGGCUGCCGUCUGUCCGCCUACGACAAUGUGGAGCGCAGCAACUGCGCAGCCACCUUUUGCCAAACCUACUACGGCGGCAUUGACUCUGCUCAGUCCGACGACGGCACCGUGUUCUCCGAGCCCUGGGACUCCUCGCAGUGGGACUCGCUCAUGCCCAUGCAGGAUGACACCACCAUGAACUCGGACACCAUUCACUUGUCCAAGUGCCGUUCGGCGUUGUCGGAGGACGACACCAUUAUCGAGGAGUUCAGCAGCACCAAAGAUGGCAGCAACAGCAGCUGCAACCAGGACACGCUCAAGGCCAACAAGCAUGCCAACCACAGCCAGACCAACAACAACCACACCAAGGCUAAGGUGGCAACCAUAUUGCGCAACCCUAGCAUGCGGGAUCGCGAGAUAUUAUGUCAUCCACGCAACAAGCUGAACGUGCAGAGCGCCGGGCCCGGAGAUUCGCUGAGGGCCUACACACUGCAACUGGCCCAAGAUCCGAGCUCCACGUUCGCACGCAACAUUGAGAACUUCAUCAGCUGCACCAAGGAGUCGCGCGAAGCGGCGCCACAGGUCAUAAUGCGCAACAUGCGCCAGUUCAUGAGCGGCAUGAAGAACUAUCUGGUGAAGCAUGGCGAGGGCAAGUUCCAUGCAGAGCUGGAGACGGCGCGCGCGCGCUUGAAGGCCGACGAGUUCCUCAACCUGGACACAAUGCUCGAGACGGUGAUGCAUCAGCUGGUGGUGCUGCCACUCCGAGAGCAUCUCUACGGCAUAUUUGUGGACUACUAUAAACGCAGCGAGGACAUUCAGCUCCUGGCCCAGAACGUAAGCUAUGCCUGCGAGCGCGAUGCCUCCGACUUUGGCAUACGUGCCACAGUUACGCCGCCGUCGCAGUCGGCGUUGCGCCUGAUUGCGAACCUGCUGUGGCGUCUGCAGGAGGCGGAGCUACCGCUGGACAAGCUGGAGCUGUUCCUUUGCGUUAUCUCCACGGUGUUCGAUGCUACUGGCUGUCCGCGUGGCCAGCAGCUGGGCGCUGACGACUUCUUGCCCGUGCUGGUCUAUGUAGUGGCCAAGUGUGGCUUUGUGGGCGCCGAAAUCGAGGCUGAGUUCAUGUGGGGACUUCUGCAGCCGACGCUGCUCAAUGGCGAGCCCGGCUAUUACCUCACAGCCCUUUGCAGUGCCGUGCAGGUGCUCAAGACAUUUAUGGCUUCCGAGAGUGAGAGCGGCACCGGUUCUCUCGAUUGGCGCGCCAGCUGUUUGCCCGCCUGCUCCAGUGUGCUGCGUGUUAUCAUCCCGGACGAGUGCAACGGAUCACUGCAGACGCGCACGUUGCCGGUGCGACCGCACACAACGACACGUGAGGUGUGCCGCAUCAUCGCGCACAAGGCGCGCAUUACGAAUCCACAGGACUACGCACUCUUCAAGCUGGUCGAUGGCGAGGAGACGCUGCUCACGGACUCCGAGUGUCCACAGGAUGCACGUUUGGCGGCCAAGGGCAAGCACUGCAUGCUCGCAUAUAAGCGCAUCGAUGCCAAGAUCGCCUGGCCGACAGCUGCUCAGCCUGGCAGCCACUGAGCCACUGAGCCACUCAGCGGCGCUAAAGCUAAACACGAAACAAGCAAAGAAUUAUUAUCUGCCCCCUCCUGCCCUGCCCCUAAUCUUGCUCACUAACAAGCAUAUUUGAUUAAUAAUUUAUUAUUAUUACAUUAAAAUAUACUUAGUAGCCUGUAAGUAAAGCUAUUUAACGCUAAUACAUCUAAUGUGUACUAAACAAGAACAGUAUUGAGUUAAGCGCGUUUGUUUUUUAUUAUUAAUGUUUUUUUUUUUAUUAUGAUUAUGAUUACUAUAGU